AUGGGGAGAGCCAAGUUUAGAGAAAGCGAAAAAGAUGCCGGCAAAUGCAGAAGCGACGGACUACAUAAUCAUCAAGGAGGAGACGAAAGUCUUGUCAUAAAAGCAGAGGCUGACAAAAAAAUCGUCAAAGGAUCCUGGGUCGGACCAGAAGUCGAAAAAGAGAAACCCCGAAACGACAAAAACGUCAAUCACGAGGAAGAAGAGACCCAGGGAGCGCAUAACUACGCCAUCAACUCUGGACCAGAGCAAGACCGGACGACGGGUAACACAUGGACCCAAAAUCCAAAUUACGACGAGAAUGUCUUCUGCUACUUUCACCAGGCCUGCGGCCACUCAACCGUUAACUACAAAGUUGUCGGCGCAAGGCUGGCCGCAAAGUUGCUCGCGGGAGAACUCGCCGAAGUGUCCAGCAUAAAAGAUCUCGUCCGCUAUUCAGACCGCUCCUCGAGAAACAAAAAGGCUCCUCCGACAGAGAAGUCUUUCCAAGGGAACCAAUCGAGAGAAAAGCCCGGCAGAAGACAAGACGAGAAGGUCAACGACAAUAGUCGUCGCAGAGUGAACAUGAUGAUCGGAGGAUCGCAAUACUGCGGCGAUACCGUGUCCGCCAUCAAAUCAUAUCAGCACAAGCCCGAUACGAGCGUGAAUUCGCUGACCUGGUCCGCGCCCAGUGACUUCCCGAAAGGAGCGAUCACUUUCGAUGAAGAAGAGGCUGGCAGGAUUGACCAGCCCCACUGGGAUCCACUCGUGAUCGAUCUCGUGAUAAGAGAUAUCGAGGUCGCCAGGGUUCUCAUUGACACGGGUAGCACUUUUAAUCCAUCUCAGUUCCAGAAGUGUCGUUUGCAUUCUCGGAUCAUAUCCAACACCCAGCUAAAGUGA